UCUGUGUGUUUCUUUGUCCCCCCGCCGACGCCGCAGAAACAGCAAGCAGCACAACCCAUCCGACGCCGCCAUGCCGGGGAAGAACGCGCCCGCCGUGGGGAUCGACCUGGGCACGACGUACUCGUGCGUCGGCGUGUGGCAGCACGGCAAGGUGGAGAUCAUCGCCAACGACCAGGGCAACCGCACCACGCCUUCCUAUGUCGCCUUCACAGACUCGGAGCGCCUCAUCGGCGACGCCGCUAAGAGCCAGGUGGCGAUGAAUCCCAAGAACACAGUAUUCGACGCUAAGCGACUGAUUGGCAGACGUUUCGACGACCAGAAGAUCCAGGCAGACAUGAAACACUGGCCUUUCACCGUGGUAAACGAUGACGGCAAACCUAAGAUUCAGGUCGAGUACAAGGGCGAGCGGAAGGUUUUUGCACCCGAAGAAGUCAGCUCCAUGGUCCUUAGUAAGAUGAGGGAGAUAGCCGAGACGUACCUGGGUGGCAAGGUGUCCGACGCCGUGGUCACCGUGCCCGCCUACUUCAACGACAGCCAGCGCCAGGCCACCAAGGACGCCGGCGCCAUCGCGGGCCUCAACGUGCUGAGGAUCAUCAACGAGCCCACGGCGGCCGCGCUCGCCUACGGGCUGGACAAGAACCUCAAGGGCGAGCGCAAUGUGCUCAUCUUCGACCUGGGCGGCGGCACCUUCGACGUGUCCGUGCUCACCAUCGACGAGGGCGCGCUCUUCGAGGUCAAGUCCACGGCGGGCGACACCCACCUCGGCGGCGAGGACUUCGACAACCGCCUCGUCACCCACUUCGCCGACGACUUCCAGCGCAAGUUCAAGAAGGACAUGCGAGGCAACACGCGCGCCCUCCGGCGACUGCGCACGGCGUGCGAGCGCGCCAAGCGCACCCUGUCCUCCAGCACCGAGGCCUCCAUCGAGAUCGACGCCCUCCACGACGGGGUCGACUUCUACUCCAAAAUCACGAGAGCGCGCUUCGAAGAGCUCUGCAUGGACCUUUUCCGCUCGACAUUGGCGCCCGUCGAGAGGUCGCUCCAGGACGCAAAGCUUGACAAGGGAGCCAUCCACGACGUCGUGCUUGUCGGGGGCUCCAUCCGCAUCCCCAAAAUCCAAAAGAUGCUGCAGGACUUCUUCAACGGCAAGGCACUCAACCUUUCCAUCAACCCCGACGAGGCGGUGGCGUACGGCGCGGCGGUGCAGGCCGCCAUCCUGUCGGGAGACACGUCCUCGCAGAUCCAGGACGUGCUGCUGGUGGACGUGGCGCCGCUGUCCCUCGGCAUUGAGACGGCGGGGGGCGUUAUGACCAAGCUGGUGGAGCGCAACAGCCGCAUCCCCUGCAAGCAGCAACAGACCUUCACCACGUACUCCGACAACCAGCCGUCUGUGAACAUCCAGGUGUACGAGGGCGAGCGCGCCAUGACCAAGGACAACAACCUCCUGGGCACGUUCAACCUCACGGGCAUUCCCCCGGCUCCUCGCGGCGUACCAAAGAUCGAGGUGACGUUCAACAUCGACGCGAACGGCAUCCUCAACGUGUCGGCCAAGGACUCGAGCACGGGGCGCUCCGAGAGCAUCACGAUCCAGAACGACAAGGGCCGCCUGUCCAAGAGCGAGAUCGAGCGCAUGCUGGCCGAGGCCGACAAGUACCGCGACGAGGACGAGAAGCAGCGCGACCGCGUGUCGGCGCGCAACGCGCUCGAGAGCUACACGUUCGGCGUGAAGCAGGCGGCCGAGGACGCGGCGGCCGGCAAGCUCAGCGAGGACGACAAGAAGACGGUCGUGUCCAAGUGCGCCACCGUGCUGUCCUGGCUGGACUCCAACACGCUCGCCGAGAAGGACGAGUUCGAGGCCAAACUCAAGGAGCUCCAGGCCGACGUGGGCCCCAUUAUGGUGAAGCUGCACCUGGGAGGGGCGCAGCAGGGCGCAUCUGCGGGCGGCAAGGGGCCCACCGUGGAGGAGGUCGAUUAGCCCCGCAUCAGCGAGCUGAUAAAACCUGGACAUACGGACGAGAGAAAUCUAUGAUUAGCCUACCCAAGUAACUUGAAUAUGAUUUAUUUAUGUACUGUGUCCCGGACGUUAUGUUACACAAGUAAACUCAUACUUCUUUACUUUUUGUUCAAAACUUUACAUGACGUCAAAGGGGCCAUUCCGUGAUACUUGGAAAGUCUUCUAUUUUUACACGCAAUUUUAUUUAAAUUUUGUAUUGCAAACACGUGUUAUCAAAUGACGAAUAAAUUGUCUCUUUGUACGGUACAAAA